UGUCAAACUCUAUAUAAAAAAUGUCAGAAAUGGCUGGCUGUCAAACAAUAUUGCCAACUUAAACAUAGAUUUGUAUUUUAGCACAAAGGUUGGUAAGUAAGGUAUUUGUUUUUUUUAUUUCUCGACCGGAGACAAUUUUAAAAUGUGUGGUAGGACUUGUUUAACCUUAGAACCAAGUGAAAUAACGAAAGCCUGUCGUUACAAAUAUCGCCAGGAUAAAAAAGUGAAAUCGUGUAAAGAAAAAUGUGAAAAAACAAACCAUAAAGAGGAGCAGCAGCAAGAUGAACUUGAACCGGAAUAUCGCUUGGAGUUCAAUUGCGGUCGUAAAUAUUGUCCCUCUUACAAUCUGGCACCCACCGAUAUUACACCUGUACUAGUGUCAUCUCAUCAUUUUUAUGACGAAGAAGAUUCUAAUAACCACAUAAACAGUCGCCUUGUUGUACCUAUGAUGUGGGGCAUGAUACCCUUUUGGCACAAGGGUGAUUGGCGUAAACAUGGUUUGUCCACCAACAACUGUCGUUUGGAACAUAUGUUGGAAUCAAAGUUAUAUCGAGGACCUUUUAAGCGUGGUCAACGUUGUGUGAUUUUAUGCGAAGGCUUCUAUGAAUGGCAGACGACAAAGUCUGCAAAACCUUCCGAACGGGCAGCUCAUCUGUUAUAUAUGCCGCAAAAGGAUGGUAUUAAAAUUUAUGAUCGCAACACUUGGCAGCCGGAGAAUGUAAACCUUUUAAAAAUGGCUGGUCUUUUUGAUAUUUGGGAAGAUGAACACGGUGAUAAAAUCUAUAGUUAUGCGAUAAUUACCUUUGAAUCAUCAAAAAUUAUGUCUUGGCUACAUCAUCGUAUGCCAGCAAUAUUAGAAACUGAGGAGCAAGUAAAUAAUUGGCUAGAUUUUAAAAAUGUCUCGGAGGAGCAAGCUUUAGCCACUUUAAGACCAGCUACCCAAUUGCAAUGGCAUCAGGUAUCAAAUAUAGUCAAUAAUUCUCGCAACAAAACGGAACAAUGUAAUAAACCCAUCGAAAUGGUUAAAAGCCAAAAACCGGCUAUGAAUAAAAUAAUGUCGGCUUGGCUUAAUAUACGCAAACGCAAAGAAGCUACUUUAGCACAAUCGGGCAGUGAUUUAGACGAUGACGAACUGCAAAAUGAUCAAAGUUGUGGAACUGCUACUACUAGCGAAAGUGAAUCGGAAAUGACAAUAGCUGCUAAACGGCCACGAUUUAGAGACUAUAAGCGGGCAUUGAGAAAUCUACAGAAUAUCGAAGAUCAAGGCGAACUGACAGCCGAUGCAAAUGAGACAAUUUGUCAAAAUGAUAGCGAAGAAAAAACUGUUAAUUAAAGAAUUCAGUGCUUCUGAUGCUGUAUAUUUUCAGACAUACAUAUGUACAGUAUAUUGCAAAAAUCAAAAAUAUGAAAUUUGUAUUUUUGUUUAUUAGAUGUUACAGUAGAAAAUCCCUGAUGCCACUGUAAUUGUUAUUUUAUGAGUAAAUCGUUUCCAUACCGAAA